AUGGACGCAUCAAAGAAGGAGAAUCCAACGGGAGAGUCGUCAGGAAUUGCUGUCAUGACGGACGAAUUGGUUAAGAAUAUGAAACGGGACUUUGAACAAUUUCAAGUAGACUUCUCAAAAAAGCUUGAUUCUCUGACAGGAAAGCUGGACAAGAUAGAAGAGGCUUUAAACGAUGAACUUCGAACGUCAAAUUAG